AAACAAGAAUCAAGCCCAAAAAAGCUCAAGUUGGGGGGAGUACAGAAUAAGUACUCUCCAGACUCCAAGUCCAAGAUGAAUAAGGGACAAAGGAUCAGUUAGACAGAGUGAGAGACAACACUACUCAGGAAUUCAGAUUGUGAGUACCUCUGCCUCAGUUCCCUGUCUAUGCUCUCACUUUAUGGAUGACCUCGAGUUACCCAGGGUCACAGAGCAAAUUACCAGGGACAGGAUUCUCUGCAGAUAAAAGGUCUUGGUUCCUUAUUUCUCAUCCUCACCCUCACCACCCCCUAGCAGAGAACCAGCCAUAACCCUGAAGAACAUGUAGGUAACUUUGAGAAGGAAGUUGAAUUCAACGGUCCUAGAGAAACCCAGGGAGAACUCUGAAAAGGGAAGGGAAACUCAUUCCCCAAGUUGUCAGUCUCAGAAUGAGGAAGGAUUUUCGUUUCCUUUUCGUUACAGGGCAGGGGAGUGGGGGAUGCAUACAAUGAUCUGGCAGGAAUUCUCCCUUGUCCCGGCUUGUCUUAUUCACGGUUCUAGACUCCAGAGUCUUUUGGGCUGAAUGCGGCGGGCGGGGCACAGAACGUCGAUGGACUUGCUUAUUUUGUAAAGAGAAUACCUGGGAAAAACAUUUGGCGCUCCAACUAACACCGCCACCCCCAACAUGGCAGCUGUCCAACCACACCCCAAACGAGGGAACCCUAGGUGGAGACUGGCGAGACGCUACUUUUCCAAAGUAGAGCAAGCGUACGGGAAAAAUGUCCAUCACAGCUUCGCCCCGCCCCCCCGGCGGCUAACCCCAAUCAGCGGCGCGAAGGGCGGGACCAAAGCCAGGGGAAGAGCCUGCUGUUGCCCGAGCAACAGCCAGGGCACCCAAGGCGAGCGCAGCUACGGAGGUGUCGCGCCUCGUAUCGCUUUGCUGCCAAGACGGUCUUGGGAGAGGCGCGAGCCAGGCCUAGUCGGCGACUGCAGAGAGAGAGACAGAUCAGGCCCAUGAACCACAAUCCACUCUGACGCCUUCGCCUCUCCUAACCGUUACGGACGCUAAGGAUCAUGGCCGAAGUGCAUGUGAUUGGGCAGAUCGUGGGAGCCACUGGUUUCUCUGAAAGUAGCCUCUUCUGCAAGUGGGGCAUCCACACAGGGGCAGCAUGGAAGCUCCUAUCGGGCCUGCGAGAGGGGCAAACGCAGGUGGACACCCCCCAGGUAGGGGACAUGGCCUACUGGUCCCACCCCGUCGACCUGCACUUCGCUACCAAAGGUCUCCAAGGAUGGCCCCGGCUCCAUCUCCAGGUCUGGUCCCAGGACAGCUUUGGCCGCUGCCAGCUUGCAGGCUAUGGCUUUUGCCAUGUGCCCAGCAGCCCCGGCACUCACCAGCUGGACUGUCCCACGUGGCGGCCCCUGGGCAGCUGGCGUGAGCAGCUAGCACGUGCCUUUGUGGGCGGUGGGCCACAGCUGCUGCAUUGGGACACCAUCUACAGUGGGGCUGACCGCUACCGCCUGCACACGGCCGCGGGAGGCACUGUGCACCUCGAACUCGGCCUGCUGCUGCGAAACUUUGACCGCUAUGGCGUUGAGUGCUGAUGGACCCUGCCUCCAAUGGCCGCCCCCACCCACCGCUGGACACCCGUGAGGGGCAGGAUUGCACAGUGGUCAAGAGCAUGGGAUCUAGAGGUUGCCGGUCUGACCGGCCAGGCGUGGGACUACUUCUCUCCGCAGGACUCGAGGCUUCCUUAUCUGUAAAAUGGGACAGUAAAUGCGUGGGCCCCUGGGAUGGUGGGUGAGAGGAGGCUGCUUAGCCAUGGGAGGUGCGCAAUAAAGGACAGCAGUUCUUACAGGUGUCCGUGCCUACCUGA